UCCGGAAGUUAAUCAAGCCGGUAUCAACACGUGACCAGUGUGGAGAAACGGUCUCGAGCGAGUGUCUGUGACGCCAUCUCGGCGCGACUCUUCAUUUUCUUGGAGUUUUCUGGCUGCCCUGCCGGAGCUAUGCCGAAAGUUGUGUCGCGGUCCGUGGUCUGCUCAGACACCCGGGACCGCGAGGAAUAUGAUGAUGGCGAGAAGCCCCUUCAUGUCUACUACUGUUUAUGCGGCCAGAUGGUCCUGGUGCUGGAUUGCCAGUUAGAGAAAUUGCCCAUGAGGCCCCGGGACCGGUCUCGCGUGAUUGAUGCUGCCAAACAUGCUCAUAAGUUUUGUAACACAGAAGAUGAGGAGACUACUUAUCUUCGGAGGCCUGAGGGCAUUGAACGUCAGUACAGGAAGAAGUGUGCAAAGUGUGGACUUCCGCUCUUCUACCAGUCCCAGCCGAAGAAUGCUCCAGUGACCUUCAUUGUGGAUGGAGCAGUAGUGAAAUUUGGCCAAGGCUUUGGGAAAACCAAUAUAUAUACUCAGAAACAAGAGCCUCCUAAGAAGGUUAUGAUGACCAAAAGGACUAAAGAUAUGGGCAAAUUCAGCUCUGUUACUGUGUCUACCAUUGAUGAAGAAGAAGAAGAGAUAGAGGCUAGGGAAGUCGCUGACUCCUAUGCACAGAACGCCAAAGUGAUUGAAAAGCAGCUGGAGCGUAAAGGCAUGAGCAAGAGGCGGCUGCAGGAGUUGGCUGAAUUGGAAGCCAAGAAAGCAAAAAUGAAGGGGACCCUGAUCGACAACCAGUUCAAAUAAUCAGGAUCUUUCUGAGUUCAGACUGGAGGCAGCACUUAGAUCAGGAAGAAUAGCUUCAAGAUCUCGUGGUCUGGUUUCUGUUUGUCCCAGGAGGGUUUUCUGACCAUCCCAUUGGUUUUCUGACAUUGUUUUUCUUUUCUUUCAUUGAGAUCCUUGACUCCAUUUUGCUUGCUUUCUAGGAGGUAGAUUGUAAAGUCUCUGUAUAUAUGUUUCCUGUCUUUCUUGUCUCUGAGAUCAAGUCCUGUUACAUACCAGAGUAUGGUCUUGGACUUUAUGAACCUCCUGUCUUAGCCUCUCUGGUGCUGGAGUUCCAGGACUUCACCAUCACGGCUGGCUUCUGUCACAGUCUUCUUUUCUUUUGAAGUACACUUCUGCAAUGUAGCUAGCGCUAGUAAGCAUUUGAAUGUCUCUAGUGUCUGAGGUAGAUGGUUUUUUUCUUUCUUCUUCAAAGUUAUUGCAGUGUUUAAAGAUUUUUCUUCAUAUAUAGAUAUGGGAGGAAAGUUGCAAAUUAAGUUUAAUAUUACAAAAGGUGGAUCCUUUUAAGAAACACUGUCUCUAAUCUUUGAACUGUUCUUAGAAUUGUCUAUGGUUUGAAUCUUUCUCCUAUCAGUAGAGAUCAAUUAGAAACCCCAAAUCUGCAGAAAUAUUUCUUUACUCAAAAUAUUAGAAUUAUAGGCGAGCCAUGCUAUGUCAGACUCCCGAAUAAAAGAAGGAAAAGCCAUGUGACUGGGAGUGUAGCUCAGCAGUGGGAUGCAUGCUAGGCAUGUGUGAGGACAUUCCCAGCACAAAAAAAAAAAAUAGGAAAGCCAGAUCACAGUUGCAGGGCAAGGAUAGUUCAGGUCUGAUUUAAAUAUGGCCUUGCUAAGUAACCCAAAGGAGUUAGUCAGUCGUCAGCUGGGAGAAUACUCUGUGAGUAUACAGAACGGGGCAUAGUGAGAGUGGCUUGUCUGUUGGCUACCUUAUUUUAUAUUUGCUAUUUGCAGAAGAGCAUUUUAAAUGUGUCCUUCUUCAAUUAUGUCAAUAUCCAGUGAUUCUUCCAUAUUGUUCUCUGUUUGCUUGUCUUGCAAGGCCCAAGGAGCCAUGGAAUGUGUUAUCUGUCCUCCUCGUGUUGUCAGUGAAGGAUUGCACUUUUUAAAUACUCAAGGCUUGUUGGUGAGGUGUUGCCAGGAAAUAGCUUUCUUUGCCUUUUCCCCCUGGUUUCUGGUUUUGCAGGGGAAAGCUGGUUAGAGUAGAGGUACAGUUGAGCUAGCACUAACUGGAGUGAUAUGGAUUAGGGAUUCUGGGAAUGUGAAGGGUGGGACUGUGUUACCACCUUCCCAGUUAUUCUGUAGCCAGUUGGGUCUUUCUCUAGUUAAUUCUUCACCUCAUUUUCUGUUCUACUUGUGAGAGAGAAUUAAAAUUAACAUUUGUGAAUGUUCAACUAUGUCCAGACAAUAGCCUCUAUCUUUAUUUGGGGAUAAACACCACUUUAUCCCCAAAUUCUUAUGUAUAUAGCUUGGAUAUACAUAGACCACCUCAGAAACUCAGGCUUCUAUUCUCUGGCCACGGCCUCCAGCUGUUUCUAGUCUCACGUGCUCCCUUCCUUGUAGACCUUUUUAGAUGUGAUUUUCGACUUGAUGGGUGAUUAUUUUGCUAGUAAUAAUGAAACAUAAUUGUAGUAAUAGCAACAUUAAUACUCAUUAGUCUCCAUUGAAGUUCUUGGUUGUAGAAAGCACUUUAGAGGUAUGAGUUCACUCUUCAUACCUCCUAGGAGAUGAGUUAACUGUUGUCAUCACUGUUUUACAAACGAGUACUCUGAAACUCUGAAUUUUCCUUUCCCAAGAUCCACUAGCCAAUAAUUGGUACAGCCAGAAGACUGACUUGAAAACUCGAGCUCUUUCCUAUGCCGAACUGUUGCUUCUGUGGAAUCUUGUAUCAUUGGAUCGAUCAGAACAUAAUUUCAUUUUGAAAAAAACCACUGAAGUGCAAUGUAAAAAUAGUCAGCUAGAGAACUCCCUAAAGCAAUUCUAUAGUUAUGCUUCUACAUACUUUCUGAAAUUACUCGCUUAGAUAAAUUCUAACCAUUCAAUAUCUGGCUCAAGUUACACAUUUUGCUGCUUCUAACGAUAAUGAAAUAUUAUGUCAUUAGUACCAAGUAAGUGUAUACUUUUCAUUAUAUUUUACUCUUUUUAUUGGAAGACAUUGAAAUGUGAUGUACUUUCUCUAUUCUUUAUUAACUUCCAGUGAUUUUUAUAGCAAAUGUGUUUUAAUAUUAAUAAAAGGAGCCAUAGUGACAUUUGGAAAGUCAUAACUCUGUCUUUUUUCUUCUUCUCUCUGCAAAUGAUCAAAUGUGACAGGAUUAUGAAAAUGUUAUGAAAUAUUCUUACUCUAAUAGUUGGUGACAUUUGGAAUUGUAACUGCCAUUUAAGAAAAAUUAAAAAGCUUUUUGAAGACUAA